AUGUGUGCCUUUCAAGUGUUGUUUGCCAAGCGGCUUCAGUUGACCUUGUUGACCGGGUUGGUAGCUUCUCCUUGGCUGGCUCCAUUGGAAGUCGCAGCUGAAAGCGAACAGCUGAGCUUCUUACCGACUCCAAAUCCCGCGACUGGGUCUUCACCAUCGGUCCCCGGCACAGACCAUCCCAACCUGAUUUUUGCCUCCUUCGCCGGUCUCCUCCAGCAAUGGCCGAACACCUAUGCCUACAGCGGCCACUCGAUCAUUCCGGGUGUCGUCCCGCGGGGCACGUUGCUCUAUCAUGGAACCAAUCAUCAGAGUCAGACCCCUCCGCCUUCAGAGGGACUCGAAUGGCUUGCCUUCAACCCCGAGUACAGCUACGUCAUUCACGCUCACAGGCUCGGCCAAGUCGAUUUGUAUACAUACACAGCAACACGCGCCUUGCGCGUCAUCUACUUCGACGGCCAGAGCUCCUCAUUGGGCACACCAGGCUUCAUGGACAGUCAAAGCGUGCUCAUCAACGGCACCAUUUCCGAGCGGUUUGGAGACGAUGGCCGGUACAUACAAGCAGAGUAUGACCGCGCCCAUGAGCUCUGUAAGAUUGGAGAACAAUGGGGCUUCGAGGGCGUGGUGCGGAGGAACACCGGUUUUGAAUUGAUGUGGUGUGAUUUCACCAAGGGAGUCGAGUGA